AUGAAGAAAUAUGUCCCACCCCAUAAGAGACAUUUGAAGGAUGGUGCCAAGGCUCUCGAGGGGUCGUCGCUCAAUUUCCAUUCACUUGCUCGUAAGUUUCAGCAAAAGUUGAACCUGUCAGGAAGUUUUAGUUCUGAGUCGUAUCCAUCAGAGAAGGCCACGAGGAAAGACAAGGAUGCUUCAUUUGGUGGAAGGUAUGCCUACGCAAAGAAUUGCCUUUCUAGAUUGUGCAUAGUUGAUUCUACGGAAAAAGAAGACCAUCAAUACUCUGGUUCAAUUACACUGGAGCACAUUUCGCUGGAAUCCAUUUUGUACAAAAAACAUGGAAGAACCCCAUAUAUUUUAAUUUCUUCCCAUAAGAAAACAGGAACAAAUGAGCUAAACAAGAACAGCUCUGUCGUAGAGAAUCCAUUGAUAUCUGUCGCUGAACAGAUAUUGCCUAACCUUCUGGCUUUUCAAAAUAAGAGUGUUGAAGGGAAUUCCAAAGAGUUUGAGGAAGGAAAGAUCUGUUUUGUGGCCAGAUUUGGUAAAGUGUUGUUUCAUGGGUCGUUUACAGAAUCAGUACUUAAUGUGGUUGUUCCUGGAAUUGGAGUUGAUUUCGACGAAGAAAAAGAGUAUUACUAUGUCAGGAUCGAAACAAACAAUGUGCGUCAUGUGAUCGUAGAUGCAGCAUGCGUUGAAGGGGAUCUGGACUUUAGAUUGAUGCUGUUUACUAGGAAGAUCGUCACCAAAGAUGAAGCGAAGCAUGACUUGGAAAAACUCAUGAAGUCUGCAGUUGUAGAUCGAAAUGAAAAAGGGGGUUUGAGAUUUCCCCUUGGAAAUGAGUCUUCCACAGGUAGAUAUGAGUCUGUCAUUAUGCGAUUGCAUAGAGAAGUGAAAUGCGCUUGGAGAAAUAUGAGAGUUUUGUUUUAA